AUGGUAUCCAAGGUCAAAGAGGCAUUCAAAAAAGAGAAAAUUGGCGUCAAAGCUAAAAAGCCAAUGGUAAAGAGUACUAGUAAGAGUGAUUCAAAAAACUCAUCAAAAAAAGUCGGAAAGUCAAUCUCCAAGACAAAAGUUGUUCCCCCUACUUACAAAAGCAUGAUUAUCGAAGGUAUUCUUGUUUUGAAGGAGCGCAAUGGCUCAAGUCGUCAAGCUUUGAAGAAGUAUAUCUUGGAAAAAUAUCCUGUUGGAGAUACUUUUGAUUCCAGAUUUAAUUUGGCAAUUAGAAAAGGUAUUGACUCAGGAGAGUUUGCUCAACCUAAGGGUCCUUCUGGCCCCGUCAAAGUCGUGAAAGCCAAGCUCGCUACGAAAGCUGAUGAGGAGAAAGUUGAAGCAAAGAAAAAGGUUCAAACGUCGCAGACAAAAGACGAGAAACUAAACGGUAAAUCAAACUUAUCCAAGAGGGCAAAAGCAGAGGAAGUAGAGAAGAAGGAGCCCAAAAAGAAGGUAAUCAAAAAGAAAGAUCCAUCUAAAAGUAUCAAAGAAACACAAGCUGCAUCUUCUAAAAAAAUUGCUAAGAAGACCGUGGCAAAAUCAGCUAAGAAGGAUACAAGGAUUUCGAAUCGAAAAAGGGCUGUGAAAGUCGACAAGUAG